AUGAAUAACGCUAUAGUGAACUUCACCACACCUGAAACAUCUACAAACUCCACAACUCAUUCACUUGGGCUAAUGGACAUUCUGGAAAUCAGUGUGUACAGCAUCAAUUUGUUUUUUAGUUUUCCUAUGCACUGUUAUAUAAUAUGGUUUAUAACUGGAACAAGAAGGAGAGUUGCAACAGAUUUUUUCAACCUCAAUCUCUCUGUUUGUGAGAUUGGUAUCUGUCUGAAUAGUUUGGUAUUUGUGCUGGCAACGUGUUUUUCAAGUCUUGAGAUACUAAGGACACUAGAUCGUUUUUUAUUAGGACUUACAUUCACUGCUCGUCCUCUGUUUCAGUGUCUGAUGUGUGUUGAGCGUUACCUGGCAGUGGUUCAUCCUGUAACCUUUCUGAAGUACAAACCUCUCAGAUAUAGAGUGAUCUGCUGCACUGUGGCCUGGAUCAUUAAUCUAGGUUCCUGUUUGGUAUGCAUGCACAAUUUAGUCUUAAAAAAAAGUUAUGCACAUGUAUGGUUCUUGACAGUGCAGUUUACACUUAUCAUCUCCAUCCAGUUGUUUUGUCUUGUAGCUGUCCUUAGAGCUCUGAAGCAGUCAGGACCAGGAGAGAGAGUAAAAGAGAGAGAGGAGAAAAACCCCAUAAAAAGAAGAGCUCUUUAUCUUAUUCUAAUAACUACUGUGACCAUGAUUAUUCUAUAUUUCCCAUUUGCAAUCACAGGAUUAUCUGUCCUUUUUACAGCAGACAGUUCUCCAACAGUUUGGUUCACUGGUUUGACUUGUUUUAUUCUGGCUGGUUUUGUGCAGCCUCUUCUUUAUCUGCAACGUGCUGGAAAACUCUCCUGCCUUUGUUCAGCAUAA